AUGAACGUCGCUGUAGUCAUCGGAGCGGCGAGCAAUUUAGGAUACCACGUACUGAAGAAACUUAUCACGCUCUACGAUGGCAAAAUCUAUUACACGACUGAAGAUGAAACGAUCGGCUACCACAUAUACGAUUCCCUCGACAAAAAUCAAAGGCUCGAAUACUUCAGAAUGGACAUAACUUAUACGAAAAGCAUCAUCAACUUGCGUCACCUAAUUCAAGACAGAGACGAAAGGAUAGAAUUGCUCAUAAAUAUAACUGACUACGUCGCGGAAAAAAAACUGCCUCGCGCUGAAAAAGUUCGCCGCACUCUAAGCGUUAAUUUUUAUGGUUACAUAAAUUUCGGUAAACUAAUUUAUCCUUUGUUAACGGAGAAUUCUCGCGUCAUCAACGUAUCCGGCCCCGCUGGUCUUUUAACUACGAUUGAAAAUGAAGACAUCAGAGCAAAAAUUAGUGAUCCAAACAUAAGUGAAGACGAGUUGGUGGCCCUCAUGCAGGAGUAUGAAGAAGCAGCGAGACGAGGAAUCGAGAAGACUGAAGGUUGGGGUCUAAGUGUACACGCUGUCAGUAAAGUUGCCCUUAACGCUGUUACCUUUCUGCAACAUAGAGAAUGGUCUAACAAAGGUGUAGUCAUCAAUUGUGUUAAUCCAGGUAGUUUAUCGAAUCGGGAGGAUAGAAAAUCAUUAAAGGUUUAUGAGGAAGGCGCGAAGGCCAUUUUGUUCCUGGCCACUGAGGCACCGUUGACUCUGAAAGGUAAUUUUGUAUGGAGCAAUUACAACGUCAUACCCUGGAACACGGACCCGUACGUCGAAGUGACCACAGUGUAG